AUGAUCGAUGACGCUAAUUUCGACUACUCCAAAAGAACGCAAUGGCUUCGAGCUGCCAUUUUGGGAACCAACGAUGGUCUGGUUUCGGUUGCAUCGCUGAUGAUGGGCGUGGGAGCUGUGAAACAAGAUGUGAAAGGCAUGCUCCUUUCCGGGGUUGCUGGGCUAGUAGCAGGGGCAUGCAGCAUGGCCCUAGGGGAAUUUGUCUCCGUGUACGCUCAGUACGACACGGAGAUCUCCCAAAUGAAGAGAGAGAUGAUGGAACAAAAUGGCGGAGAUGAGAAUACCCCGGUGAAAGCAGCUAUAGCAUCGGCCAUUGCAUUUUCUAUAGGUGCAGUGGUGCCUUUGCUGGGAGCUGAGUUUAUAUAGGACCACAAGAUAAGAACGGCUGUGGUGUCUGUUUUGGCAAGCGUUGCAUUGGUUGUGUUGGGAGGAGUAGGAGCAGUGUUGGGUGGGACACCAGUUCUGAGGUCUUGUGCAAGGAUAUUCCUAGGAGGGUGGAUGGCUAUGGCUAUCACUUAUGGACUCACCGAUUUAAUUUGUUCUUCUACUACUAUAUACUAA